CCACGUCAGAGUUGAUUCCCAUUGACCAAUUUGUAUAAACCCCAACUGUACAUAGUUGUAACUGCGUUUGCUGGAAAACAUAAAGAUAAUCAGGAACUAUGCUUGGAGUCGAGUUGUUCAUUUUGUCGUUGUAUUUAGCUCUUAUUAGUGGCACUGAACUUACUUUUGAACUGCCUGAUAACGAGAAACAAUGUUUUUACGAGGAAUUAGAAGAAGGAGUCACGUUUCAUAUCGAUUAUCAAGUUAUUGCUGGAGGCAACUAUGAUGUUGACUGUUUUGUGAGCGAUCCAUUGAAUAAUGCCUUGUACACAGAACACAAGAAGCAAUAUGACAGUCUCACCCAUACUACAACUAUGAAGGGUGUUUACAAGGUUUGCUUCAGCAAUGAGUUUUCAACCUUCUCCCAUAAAACUGUGUAUUUAGACUUCAGAGCGGGCGAUGCUGAUCGACUACUGCCUGGUAUGAGCAAGGCAACAUCGCUUACACAGAUGGAGUCAACCUGCAUAUCCAUCCACGAAAUUCUGAAAGUAGUCUCAGACACUCAGACGAGGUACCGUCUUCGAGAAGCUCAGGACCGCAUUAGAGCAGAGGAGCUAAAUGGGCGAAUUUUUUAUUGGUCCAUCGGAGAAACUUUCAUUAUAUGUGUGGUCGGGAUUGGACAAGUUCUUAUGCUCAAGAGCUUUUUCAGGGAGAAGAAAAUGAACAGCAUAUAGUCAUCUUGUGACCACUUUCUAACAAUCCAGCCACAUUAAAGAGUGUUAUCAUGAUCUACUCUAAAUCUAAAGAUUAGAAUACAAGCAAUGGCACUGUAAAGGAAAUACUGUAUUUCCAUGAGCAUAUACAAAAAUUAUAUUAGGUACUGGCCUCAUGUUUUUAUUUACGAAAAGAUAAAUCUAUUGUUUUCUUUUUAAUAUAGUCAUAUGGAGGGAUUAUUCGAUAAUGCUUAAUUUUGUACCUUAAUGGUAAUAGAUAUAAGGUCAAAUUGCAUUGCAUAAAAUGGCAGCGAGUGGAUAUACAUUACAUUUUGAUAAAAAAAUUACAGUAAACUACAUUUUUUUAAUAUAAAGACUUUUUUAUCUCGUAUUAGUAUUGUCUGUUCGGAGCCUAUUUUGCUGUUUAUAAAAAAAAAAUCUAUGUAUAAAUAGAAUCAGAGAUUUUUAAGUUUUAAAUUUAGUUUGAAUGAAUGUAGAAAUAGAUUUAAUAUCUAUGUAUUUGUAAUCAUUUAUUGUAUUUUUAUAAUAGGAAAUCCUAGAUUUGAGAGAAAGAUGUUUUGCAGUGUAGGAUUUAUGAGGUAUUUUUGGGUGCUGUGUCUUUCUCUGUUCUCUUACAUUUUUUUGCUGAUAUUUUGAAUGAACUGUUUUCCAAAUGAUGUAAUGGAAACCAAAGAAUAGGUUUCUGAAAUUUCUAUAAAUUGUUAUUUUUUUUUAUUCAUCUCACCUUUAACAAUUAAGUGUCAACACUCAGGAUGUGACUUUAAACUGUUAAAAUAAAAUAAUAUAUUACAUA